AACACGCUUUCACGCGAAAGUGUAUCUUUUUAUGUUUCAGAAGAUUGCAUUUUCUUCUUCUUUUCUUAAUUUUCAAACUUAAUUGCGUUAUGGAGAAGGAGAACGCUUUGGAAAAGAUUAUAGGCAGCGAUGUGAUAGGAUUAUUGAAGUGCAACAUUUGCUGGGAUUUUUUCACGGAGCCCACCAUUUUGCCUUGCGGACACACGUUUUGUAUGGGAUGCUUGAACGAAAUAGGCCGACAUCGGGUGAAGAACGCGAAACCAGCAGUAAGCUGUGACGUCACCAUACUCUGUCCUAACUGUCGCCAUGGAGUCAAGCUGGAUGACGUCAACAACCUGAAGAAUGGUGUUCGAUUAAACUACGCGCUGAGUUCCAUAAAAGAAACAUUGACCAAUUUUCAGUCUGUGCCGAAAGCUGACGCAGCAACGAAUACCGAGACGGGCGCGGUGUUGGACGAGAAGCUGAAGAAGGUGGAGCAGAAUAUGAACAACGUCUUCUACGAACUGAAGAAAAAAGGCAAUGUCAUUCACAGUACUUACGCAGAGAUCGCCAAAAUCAGGGAAAACCAUCUGGGAAGCCCAGCAUGUAAUGAAAACAUGAGGUCACAAGAAAAAUCAAAAACUAAAUGGGAUCAAGAUGUCGACGUCAAGAAAAGCAAACUCAACGUCAACCAGCCCGAAUUUGUUCCGCGCAGUCGCCAAUCCUUCGGAAGGCCGCAGAACACGUACAGGGGGAGGGGAGGCCUGUUCUUUGGUGGUCGGCCUUGGAAGUUUGCCCCAGCCGUGACCCCACAGUACAAUGCGGGCCACCCUGCUUACGACCCGGCCAUUGUGUCCGUUUAUGGGCCUUCACAUUAGAAAAAUAGAAUAACACUUUUGAUAUUAUUUUUUUUUCUUGGUAAAUAUUUUUUCACGGGAAGAAGCGUUGACCUAUUCAUUUUUCUCAAGCUAGAACACUGACGACGCCAUUUUGAUGAAUUUAUGUCUGGCCUUUUCCAGAAAGAAUAUUUGUAAAUUUAUAUACAUUUUUUGAAAACUUACAAAUAUAUACAAACUUAAAAAAGGAUAAUAAUAA